GCGUAUUGCCGGCUUCCUAGAAAAGCCCUGUGCUUCAAUAUCUCCUCCCACUUUUCCAAGAUUGUCUAAAGUCGAGAAGGAUGCCAAAAUAUCUCUCUUCUCCCACCCACUCCUUUAGCAUCCCAUCCAUCUACGACAGCAUCCAGCUUGCAUGUCGGAUCUACCUCCCACAGAACGUAUUAACCCGGAAUGAUACGUCUCAAUGGCGCGUACGGGGAGCCAUCGUCGCGCACCCAUAUGCUUCGCUCGGUGGUUGCUAUGACGAUCCGGUUGUGAGCUCAAUCGGAGGAGAGCUUCUUGAAGCGGGCUAUGUGGUUGGCACCUUCAAUUUUCGCGGUGCUGGUGGCUCCCAUGGCCGGACGAGCUGGACGGCAAAACCCGAACUAGCGGAUUACGUCUCUUUCUAUGGGUUCAUGAUGCUUUAUUUGAGCUGCUUGACGCGACAACUCGGAAAGACUUCAGAAAUGAUCCACCUCAUACUCGGUGGUUACUCGUACGGGUCAUUGAUCGCUUCUCAUCUCCCAGAAAGCCAGCUGGUUGCCGACCUCUUCAUAAAUGCACACCAAAGCACCCCUGCUCAUGGAAUGCUCCUCAUAGUUAAGACAGUCUGCGCGCUGUCGAGAGAUGAGAUACCGCAGUUAACUCAGUCUCCUAUCCCAGAUGCGAAUGAUCCCGGCCACGAAGCCAGACAGCUGCUACAGUCAAGUGGUACCACGAUUUCAUAUCUUCUAGUGUCGCCGCUCCUCCCUCCCGUCAACCUAUUUUUGACACUAUUCACCGAUCUGUCACUUGAGGUAGCUACUCAAGCAUCGGGGAAACGGAGACAAAUUCCUUGCCCUAAGCCGAAAGACCAGCUAUGUGCGCAUAGAACUCUGGCGAUCUACGGUGACGAAGACACCUUUACAUCAAUAAGCAAGCUACGCAAGUGGUCAGACGAGCUUAGUAGUGUGCCCCCAAGCCAAUUUCAAUCAGCAGAAGUUAAUGGGGCUGGCCAUUUUUGGCGCGAAGAUGGUGUAGAGGAGCAGGCAAGACAGGCUUUGCGGCUGUGGUUGCGCCAACGGCUUUGA